GGCAUAUCGACACUUAGCACGUCAUAUCGCCCUCGUGAUCCUUUAUUUCUGCAUCUUUGCUUUAAGUAGCAUCCGUUUGUCUACUUGUUCCCAACAUCAGCCGCCACAAUGCCUGUUACCAGGACAAGAAACCCCCGUUCGGUGACGAACGAAAACGACGAGAACAGCAAUGCGACAGCACGCGUUACCCGGGCGAAAGCCGCGGCAACUUUGAAUGUCGAUGAGCUCGCCAUGCCCACCAAGGCACUGCAGUCAAAAAAGACAGCCGCCAAUGCCAAUCCCGCGAGGAGGCGUGCUGCCCUCGGCGACGUCAGCAAUGUGACCAAGGUUGAGGCCGUGGAGAGCAAGAAGGUGGUCGGCAGGACCGGUCUCGUGUCCAAGGCAGCUCAACCCACUGGUGUCCAGAAGAAGACGACGGCGACGCGGUCGGCCCUAACUACCAAGGAGGUCACCAAGAAGCCGGAGGCGAAGCGGUCAGGUCCCGGUUCAAUCGUGGCGCAGAAGCGCAAGACCCUGAGUACCGCGGCCACGAACACCGUCGUCAAGGAGGCUACCCCGGAGGACGGCGAACCGAUCCGCAAAAAGGUUCACACACUUGAGGAAAAGAAGACAAAGACCGACGUGAAACAAGAAGAGCCUGCGCGAAAGGAGGCUGCGCCAUCAUCACCGCCUCCCGUGGCCAGCGAGCCCGAGCCGCGUGCCGAUAUCCCCGCCGCCGCGACCAUCCUCGACCGAGAAGACCUCGAUGACCCGCUGAUGGUCGCCGAAUAUGCUAACGACAUCUUCGAAUACCUCCGCGACCUCGAGUGCAACUCGGUCCCCAACCCUCAGUACAUGUCGCACCAAGACGAUCUAGAGUGGAAGACACGGGGUAUUCUUAUCGACUGGCUGGUUGAGGUUCACACCCGUUUCCAUUUGCUCCCCGAGACUCUAUUCCUCGCCGUCAACAUCGUCGACCGCUUCCUGUCUGAGAAGGUUGUUCAACUGGACCGCCUUCAGCUCGUCGGGAUCACCGCCAUGUUCAUUGCUUCCAAGUACGAGGAAGUACUCUCGCCUCAUAUUGCCAACUUUCGCCAUAUCGCCGACGAUGGUUUCACCGAGGCUGAGAUCCUGAGUGCUGAGCGUUUCGUCCUCGCCACCCUCAACUACGACUUGAGCUACCCGAACCCGAUGAACUUCCUCCGCCGCAUCUCCAAGGCGGAUAAUUACGACAUUCAAUCCCGUACCCUCGGGAAAUACCUCAUGGAGAUCAGUUUGUUGGACCAUCGCCUAAUGGCCUAUCGCCCUAGCCAUAUCGCCGCCGCCGCUAUGUACCUGUCGCGGCUGAUCCUAGACCGUGGCGAAUGGGAUGAUACGCUGGAGUAUUUUGCCGGGUACUCGGAGGAGGAGAUCCAGCCCGUCGUCAUGUUGAUGGUGGACUAUAUGGCGCGGCCCGUCAUCCACGAGGCCUUCUUCAAGAAGUAUGCUCACAAGAAGUUCUUGAAGGCAUCAAUCAUCACCCGCCAAUGGUCGAAAAAGAAUGCGCAUCUCUAUGGCAUCGAUGACAUUCACCUGACCCUCAGCGAGGUCUCUUAGAGGUCUCGUCAGUGUCAUCUCGCACCGUAGCACGCGGUGCUGCGUCGCGCCUCCACGGCUGUCGCGGAGUGUUAGGAUACCACGCUGUGGUUGGAUUCGCCGCCUUGACGACACCUCACGAUUAU